GCAUUUCUUGCGAGAGAGUUGUGGAGUGAGGUGGUGAACCGACAAUCCUUUCUGCUGUUGCUGCUGCCUGCUGCGCUGACAAGUGGUUUUUAUUUGACACGCCGACAUCGUUAGUAAGAAUCAUCCACAAUGGCAGCAGUUAAAGAGGUUCAAGAGACUGCAGCCGUGAAACUGGGCGCCCUUCUUGACGCGGGAGAAGGCGUAUUCGUGACGCUGGUGGCGGGGGAGACGCGGCUGGCGGCGCAUAGGACUGUCCUGGCCGCCAGGAGCCCCGUGUUCCAGGCAAUGUUCCAACACGACACGCUGGAGGCCAACAGCGGGCACGUCGUCGUCACAGACGUGGAGGGUCCGGUGAUGAGGGAGCUGCUGGACUACAUGUACACCCUCCAGGCCCCCCAGCUGCCCCACAUGGCACUUAUUAAGCUGCUAACUGCCGCUGACAAGUAUGGUGUGUCUGGGUUGAAGGCUGUCUGCGAGGAGCAAGUGACCGCUCAGCUCGCCGUGGAAAACGCGGCGGCCACGGCGGUGCUUGCGGUGAGGCAUUCCUGCCCGAAUCUGACUGCGGCCACAGUCGCCUUCAUAAGGGCCCACAACUUCCAGGUAAUGGCCACGCAGGGAUGGGCAGAUGCGAUGCGCAGCCAGCCUGAAGACUUAGUCGAAGUGAGUAGGCUGCUUGCUGACCCACCUGCAGAAACCAGCACGUCAGCCACCCAAGCCGCUCGCCGCCAACCGGCCGGCGGGCACGGCCUUACCGCUACCUCAGCUGAGCAGCCCACGGAUGCCUGCGACACUCCUCCACUGUUUGACGUUGCCGUCUCCUACUAUCGGAGCCUUUCGGAAGAGGAGAGAGCCAGAAGGUUGAGAGAGGCUGCUACUGAUGGGGCAGUGGAGAAGCUGCGGGCCCUCCUCGCGGCAGGGGCGGAUGUUGGGGCUGGUGAUGAUGAGAUGCUGACUUCGCUACACUGUGCAGCAAGGGAGGGACACGUGCAGGCGGUGAAAUGUCUGCUGGAUGGCGGCGCCCAGGUAGACACCAGGAGCAACUUGCAGAACACGCCUUUACACCUGGCUGCAUGGAAAGGCCGUGUGGCUGUGGUGCGGCUCCUGCUGGCCUCUUCUGCUGACCUGAAUGCCAGGAACACAUUUGGGAAGACGCCGCUGCACAGGGCGGCACUCCACGGUCGUGCAGAGGCGGCUGCUGCGCUGUUGUACGCAGGGGCUGACAGGAGUGUCAGAGAUAGCGAUGGGAAAAGCCCCCUGGAACUGGCCAGGCAGAACAAUCACCAGGAGCUGAUAGAGUUGCUGACGUAACAUUUACAGUCCUAUGAACAUACGUUGGCAAAAGGAAUAAUAUUCACUGCAUAGCUUUCCGUUAUUUAUAAACAAAAACUGCAAAAAAUUAAUUAUAUCAUUCACUUGUAACCAUCAUUGAAUAGUAGAUAUAACUCUUCUACCAACACUUCAACAAGCAUGACAAUGAAAGUACUUUGCAAGUAAUCUUUCUUUCGAGUAAAUAGUCUGAAGAAACAUUUCUCCAGCAAUCUCUACAAAACUGAACAACAUUUGGAAAAUAUUUGCUUUGAUACUUUGAAACUUGAUCAGCCAGGGAUUCUUCUAGCCCAUAAAAUGUUCAAAAAAUUACAGGGUUGUAGUCAGAUGAAGUCCUUGACAACCGCCAAUACUUUGUAACACCCCACCCAUCAUUUAUCUGGUUUUGGUGUGUGUUCAUCCCAGGUAAUUGACUAACAGAUCAACAGAGAGCGCAAUGCCGGAUAACGCAAAUAAAGUAAUAAGACCCUGUGACUUCUGAUUGAACUGCGGUGGCAGUGUUGACAUUAAUUGAUUGAGAAUUGAUCCCUUUUAAUUAAAAAGGGGUGCACAUUGAUGUUAUAUUCAGCUAUUGAACACCACAUGCAAAUGUUGAACAUAAAAUUAAUUAAGAAAGUGACUUGGGAUUUCGACUACUUGAUUGAAAACAGAAACAGUCGAUUAGCUCAGAUUUAUUUUAACUCACGACCUUCAAUCAUUACAUUACAUGACUCUCCUAACAGGCAGUGGUAAUAAAUUGCGUUUGCGUGGAGUAAAGCGUGGUAAAUCAAAAGUAAUUCCUAUAGACUAACCCAGGCAUAAUGCAAAGUGCGAGAAGAAUUCUACAAUACACGGCCCAUGAAACCAUUGUGGAAACUUUGCUGAUGUGAUCCAACAAAUUAAUCAGUGGCCAGAGCGGGCGCAAUAUCACCAAAUUCAGUGUGGCGGCGCAUCGUCGUUAUGCAGACGUCGGCCAGCCUUGUGGUGCUGCAAGGCUGCGCUCGUCUAUUCACUUUUAGAUAUCUUGCUCAGUAUAUAGCUGAACGAAAACUUUCUAUCUCCAAGCUCAAUCGUUCUGUUUGCUAAGUCCUAAACUACAGAGAUGCUCACUCUCUCUCAGGCAAGCUGAGUAUGCCACGUCCGCACUCUAGGCAAGCUGGGAACGGAAGACCACUAUGGAGACUGCUCCCAGUCCGCUCAUUGCCUAAGUUUCCCGUCCAUCAAAAUCACUUAUGCCAAUUGCAGCGCAAGUCACGUUAAUUAUGCGUCACUUCCCAGUGCCGACCAAUGCCUGCUCUGGGAAGUAAACAAAUUUCCACAAAAUUUCCCUCCCUCUCAACUUCUGCUAUUUAGCUCCUCCCAGGCCAUCCAUGAAGGUUAGCAUCUGCACAAAACACGAAUUUUUCUGGAAUUCUGACUCCCAGGAGAGUACUUCAAAUUCCUUGGUCCCAUGUUCCCAUCGGAGGCCGGCGUAUUUCAUUCUGUCGCUCUUCAUCUGAUUUACUUCAGACUCUGCGGACCAUGAAUUCAGCGUGAAGUUGCUAUAGUCAAGAACACGCAUAUUUUGGCCGCUGUUGACCGUUCCAAUGUAGCUUUGCGUGGCUUUCUCGCAUGUUUCACUGAAAAUGGGACGACGGACAUUUAUCAACAGGUGUACAAGUUCUCCGCUGCGUCCCGGUACACCAGCAUGGGGUCAACCACCCCCUCAAUGUCACUCAUCUUAAGGCAGCUGAAGCUCGUGCCCCUUUACCGCAUUCUCAAGAGUUUGAGCCGCCCUAAGCUGCCUAUUGACGCUUCGCUUCACCGCUCCCCAGCUGCAUCCCGUGGUCAACUCGAAUACUUCCCUGGGAUAAACUAGCAUCCAGUAAAUUGACACGUUUCCACAAAGUUUUCAUGUUGUGUGAAUUACUUUAAACCCAUCACCCAACAUUAAUUAUUCCAAUACGUCCAUACUAUAUACCCUGUACAACAUGCAUUGUGCCUUAUCAGUCAUUUUUGUUCAGCCCUACUGUUCGCUCAACAUGAGUUAGGUGAUCUUUAAUGACUUCAUGUAAGGGGCAUAGUUCUUGCCAUCUUACAACUUUGACUGUGAACACCUAAACAUUUUAGUCACAAACGGCGAAAUGUCGGCAAGUGUCGAAGAUGUGACACUAUUGCACGCUCAUCAGUUGAGUGAACUAAUCCUUUGCAUUAUUCGAUUACAGAAAAGGCAUGUGCUAUCUUAAACUAAUGUGGAUUACACUAUACCCAGAUCACUGCCAUAUAACCUGUGUGGUUAUAAUACAACUUCAGUCCCAAUCUCAUGAUGAACCUACUUCCCUGACUGCAGUAUGGAUUGUGUAAUAGUUUGUGUGUUUAACUCCAUUGUACCAUUAGUCCAUUAUAUGGUGUGAAGAUCUGUCAUCUGCUACCACAUUUGAGGUGCACAGUUCCAAAAUCCCCCUUAUCCAUUUUUGCAAAUUUUUCAGGAAACGAAAAAAACAUUUCUGGUUCGCCUUCAGUAAAGCAAAUGUGUUUAUUCAUGUUUAUUAUAUCGAGGUCCUUACAUACAUUGUUAUACCUGAGUGCUGGAUAUAAUUCGUGACAUGUAAGGAAGAUAUUGACAAAUUAUGAUUGGAUAAGGCUUGUUUUGGAACUCACCAUUGGAUAAGGAGUUUGGAACUGUCAUCAUGGGUAAGGGUGGGUUUUGCAAAUGUAGCUAAAACUUAAUAAUGGUAAUUUUCGUCAUUAAUUGGAAUUAUUAUCGACGUUCUUUUUGUCACAUAAAUAUUGACAUUUUUAUCGGUUGUAAGCGGUAGUUUAAGUAUUUUAUGAAUAUAAUUAGUCUAAAAGAUAUAGUUAAUGUCCUUGAAACAACUGAUAUGCAGCCAUAAUUAAGAGUAGCAUAUUUAUUUAAUGUUUAUGAAAAUAAAAAAGGAUCGAAAGAGACGCGUAUGUACGGCCGAGGAGGAAGGACAUAUUUUAUGGUACUCACAUUGUUUUUGUUUCGUGGUACGGAAGGCAGCCAUUGAGCAGCUACACAUAUUUUAUGUAAGUUAUUCGUAUUGAUUGCUAAAAUAAAAUUGUUAUUAUUAUCACAAAA